GUCAAAACAAAGAGGAACCCUCCCCCCCUACCACGACGUAGAGGGGCUACACCUCAGACCUCAAGGAGCUAGGCGGUCAGUUCGUAUUCAGCCACUGUAACACCAUGUCUCGUCCCAUCUGGCAGGUUGCUGGGAAACGUGAUCCCGCUCAAGAAGCAGAGGCUCAACAUUGGAUUGAAACUAUAAUUGGAGAACGGUUUCCAUCAGAUUUGCCGUAUGAGCUGGCACUUCGUGAUGGAAUCAUUCUUUGUAAACUGAUGAACCGAUUGAUGCCUGGUUGUAUACAAAAAAUCAACUAUUCAGGUGGAGACUACAAAAUGAUGGAUAAUAUAAACCAGUUUCAGAAAGCUUGUAUUAAAUACGGAUUAGCUGACGUCGAUCUCUUCCAGACGGUGGAUCUGUUCGAUCAAAAGAAUAUUGCCACAGUGACAAUGACCAUUUUCGCUAUUGGAAGAACAUGCUACAAGCACCCGGAAUGGCGCGGACCAUGGCUGGGUCCUAGACCAGCCGAAGAAAACAGGAGAGAAUGGACCGAAGAACAAUUGAGGGCAGGAGAAGGCGUGAUUGGUCUUCAAGCCGGUCAGAACAAGGGGGCCACACAGGCGGGACAGAAUUUUGGUGCUACGCGCAAAAUUUUGCUCGGAAAAUAAAUUUAUUGUCUAUAUAAAAAUGAAGAAAUAAUUGUAAAUUUUAUAUAAACAACAGUAACUAUUCAACUAUUUAUUACAUAUUAUAAAGAUUUGUUGUAAAUGAAUUCUGAUCAAUUGACUAAAAACAUUUUGAUAUGUUAGCCUUAUCUGCGGUUAUAUGAUACAAAUUAUUUAUUUUCAUUAAUUUUUUUAAGUAUUGCUAACUCAAAAUAUAUUCAGUUCAAUUGCUAA